CUCUGUCCCCGUGUCCCCUCGCAGUGCUCUGCCGUCUCUUCACCGUGGGCCACCUCAUGCAGCCGGUGGCCAAGACGGUCAUCGUGGAGGUCAAGACCCCCGACAACGUCAUCAUCAAACAAGUGCCGGUGUCGUCGCCGAUGAAAACCGGGAUCCUGUCCCUCAACCACAACCUGCCCGAGGUGGUCAGCCUCGGCAUGUGGACGAUUUCGGCCAAAUUCGAGGAUUCUCCGGAUCAGGUUUUCAGCACCCAGUUCGAGGUCAAGGAGUACGUGCUGCCGAGCUUUGAGGUGGCCCUGGAGACCGAGGAGAAGUUCCUGUACAUCGACCGCCAGGAGGAUUUCCGGGUGUCCAUCCUGGCCAGGUGACCCCAGAAGUGUCCCCAA